UCCUAUAAAACAUUGCUGAUCUGCCACCGAGUUAUCAUUCAGAGUCGUCUCUUAGCCGCAGACACACGCACUCCUUCAAUUCAGCUAAGAUGUUCCGCUACGUGCUCGUCGCCUCCGCCAUCAUGGCCUGCGCCUACGCCGCCGCCACCUACAGCCCGGAUGGUUCUGCCUACAUCACCAAGAUCGGCUCCGACAUCCAGCCCGAGGGCAACUACAACUACCAGUACGAGACCAGCAACGGAAUCGCCGCCCAGGAGUCCGGAAUCGGAGGAAACCACGCCAACGGAGCCUUCUCGUGGUACUCCCCCGAAGGUCAGCUGGUUCAGAUCUCGUACCUGGCCGAUGAGAACGGAUACCAGCCCCAGGGAGCCCUCCUGCCCACUCCUCCCCCAAUCCCCGCUGAAAUCCUGAGGAGUCUGGAGUACAUCCGCACCCAUCCCCAGUACGUCGACCAGGAUUACCGCAGGCCCGCCCUCAAGAGGCUGAUCGGUUAAGCAGGAGAGGAAGUCUCAUGUGAUAACAAAUCAAGAGCUUUAUUACGAAUCGUAAAAAUGUUAAUGUAGAAAUGAAAUAAACGACGAAACGUAAA